GUCGGUUCCCUUUUUUUCGUUGAGCGCGAAUCACUGCAACCAGCAGUUGCCCGCAAAAGACUGUUCCGCGUGCACAGUAGAAAGUGUGUUGCAAGCGUUUGGUAGCCGUUUUACCCGGUGGAUUGAUAAGAUUAGGAACUAUAGAAACAUCUUGAUCAGUUAGCAUACGUUUGAUUAUUGGCGUGCUGGUGGUGUGUAGAGAUAGGUUGAUAAGAAGUUUGUGUGUGGUUGUGUGUACGGCAGAACGAUGCAAACGGCACGCUCCAUCCGAUCGGUGCUCGUUUGCUUCCAGAACCUGAUUUCACGUGCGGCACCAACACCACCGUCAUCGCGCCGCGGGUUUGCCACAUCUUCCAGCAUUGUGCAAACAUCAUCACGCAGCACGACCACGAUGAUGAUCACAUCGACGGUACGGGCAAUAGCGGCAAACGCACGCACCGGCCUCGCUAUUCGUCAGUUGAGCGCCACCAGCGACAGUACAACAGCGUCCAACAGCUUGUCCAGUGUUGUGCUUGUGCGGAAUCAGAAACGGAAAUAUUUGUCCAACUGUCGGCUCGCAAGCAGGCAAGACUUUGAACCAUCACCCUUUGCCUACACGCAGCACCGAAAUAUGAGUUCCAGUGUUGCCGCCAAACAAGGGCUUGUGGCCGUGGAAGAGGCACGCCGUUUCAUGGUGGACUGUUUGGUCAAGUCGAAGACACCCGUAGCCCACGCGAAACAGCAAGCCGAUUUACUGCUGGAAGCGGAUUACCGUGGACACUUUAGCCAUGGCAUGAACCGACUCGAGAUGUACAUUAACGAUCUGCACAAGAAUGCUUGCAGCGGUGAAGCGGUCCCGACCGUUCUCAACGAAACGCCCGCUACCGCUUGGGUCGAUGGGAACAAUGGUCUCGGUGCGGUUGUCGGUAACUUUUGCAUGGAUUUAGCUAUCCGGAAAGCGAAGGAAGUUGGUGUGGGAUGGGUUUGUGCUAAGCGUUCGAACCAUUACGGAAUUGCGGGAUGGUAUACGCUUCGGGCGAUGAACUCGGGAUGUAUUGGUAUGUCCAUGACGAACACCUCACCGCUGGCAAGUCCAACCCGCAGCAAAGAGGCAGCCCUCGGUACGAACCCCAUUUCGGUCGGUGCUCCAGGAAAGGAUGGUGAUGGAUUCGUGCUCGAUAUGGCAACCACGGCUGUUGCUGUCGGAAAGAUUGAAAUGCAACGGCGUAAAAAUGAACCCAUCCCGGUCGGUUGGGCACAAGGACCCGAUGGACAUCCGACAACGGAUGCGAGUGUUGCGUUCGACACAGCUUGCCUAAUGCCGCUCGGUGGUACGGAAGUAACAUCCGGCUACAAGGGAUACGGUCUCGGCGCGAUGGUUGAAGUAUUUUGUGGCAUUCUGUCCGGUGCAAAUUACGCCACGAAGAUACGAAAGUGGACACAUGCCGGAGCAGAUUCGGAAGCCGAUCUGGGACAAUGCUUUGUGGCCAUCAAUCCGGCCUGCUUUGCACCGGGUUUCGAAGGACGACUAUCGGAUCUGAAUAGUAUUCUGCGCAAUAUGCCAAUGACUGAUCCAAACCAUCCCGUACUGGUUGCGGGUGAUCCGGAGCGACUCCACAUGGCUAAGGUGGAUAAGGACGGUGGACUGCCUUAUCAUGUGAACCAAAUUAAAACCUGCACGGAGCUGUCGGAACGUUUGGGUGUGAAGCCGAUUGAAGUGAUUUAGAGCAUGCAGGCAAGAGAAAGCAUGUAAUUCUGUCGAACAUGUUGAAGGGUUUCAAGGUUUUAAACAUAUCACAUAAUGUUGCUACGUUUCAUGUAUACGCUUAUUCCUUUACCGGAAGUUGUUUACCCUUUUAUGAAGCGUCACAUGGUUAAGAAAUAAUUCAAUAAAGUAUUAAAUGA